AGUUUAAUCAAUGAAUUAUCAUUAAAGAAUAAGGUUCACCUGAAUUUGUGUAAUCAAAACAUGGUGUAGAAACGUUAUUUAUAAUUAUAAAACAAGAAUAAUGUGUGUAGGUUGCUAGAUAGGAAGCAUCCUGUUUGAUAGAGGAAACAUCAAGGCAGAUAGAUAACCCUUAACAAAAUUCAGUUUCCUUCAAACCAGCGUACCAUCAGUGGUAUUUAAGUUCAACUUUUCUUCAAUCUUUAAAUUUUAGGAAAAUUAUGGCGGUUAUUCUAAUUAUUAUUCUUACUCUGUUGAAUGAGUGCUUUGGGCAAAUAAUCGAUAUCGGCGGUGUGUGGGAAGUAAAAUGUCCACCAGGAUGUUCCUGUGAGGUUCAAAAGUUUGCUGAUUUAUCUUUACACCGAUGGAUUAGAACAAAUCAAGAUCAGAACCUAACCAGUGAUGCCAAUUUUGAAUUUGGUUUAAAUAUGGAUCAUUCUAUGAUUUCUGAAUUUCUGAAAGUAGCGAUCUGCGUCGUUGCUGAAGAUUAUGAAGAACUUUUAGACAAACUUCCAUCAGAUAUACAGGUGUUUACAAUACUUCAGUCUGGUUCAGGAGACUUUGAGAUUCUUUUACAGUCUACAACAUUUCAACGUUUCACAGAUUUAAUAUCUUUAGAUAUACAAGGCAUAGAUUACAAUGAAGCUAUGGGAAAAAAUUUAAGUAUUGAACAGAUGAAACAAGGAGGAAUUAUUUUGUCUGUAGAUUCUUUGCAUCCAUUAGGCUUAAAUCUCCUUUACUUAAAUUUAGAACGAGUAAAAUUGACUAAUUUAAGUCCAACAAGGAGAAAUAAAGCUAAUCUUGUAAUUAAGCCAAUGAAUACAGUUACCAAUGACGAUAGUGGAAAUAAGGAACUACUACAUAAUACUAGUCAAAGUACAGGACACAGAUUAAUAUUAUUAAGUCAACAGAAUAGUGGAGAAAGCGAUGAUAAAGAAAUACUUCCUUAUGAUGUUUAUAAGCAAGAAAUGGAAGGUUACAGAGAAACUGUAGGACUUUUCACUGGUUUAGGAGCUUUAACCCAUUUAAGAGUGUAUGAUUGUGACUUGAAAGAUAUAUCAUGGCACAUGUUUGAUGGUUUGGAUAGUCUUAUACAGCUUUCAUUAGAAAAAAAUAGCUUAAAGUUUAUUCCAGAAUUCUGUUUCUAUGGUACACCUAAUUUAAAAGUACUUUCACUUGCAAGAAAUCAAUUGUUAACUCUUAAAAGCGUUGACUUAGCCGGUUUGUUGAUGCUUGAAGAUCUUGAUUUAAAAGGGAAUAAUCUAACUUUUUUAUCGGAAUUAUCUUUUCCGCCAUUUCCAAUGUUAAAAAUUGCAGAUUUUCGGGAAAAUCCUUUGGAUUCUAUAUUUCCAAGUACUUUUGAAAUUAUGAACACAACACUAAAACUCUAUUUGGGAGGUGAAGAUUCGAAACUAUUUUUGCAAAAGAAUUCUUUUCUUGGGUUAUAUCAGUUGCAAAUCUUACAGCUAUAUAAUCUAGAGAUACCAGUGUUGGAACGUUUUGUAUUUCAAGGAAUGCCAGAAUUGUUAGAAUUAAAGGCACGUGGAAAUAUCACCAGCAUUGAAUUUGACGCGUUUGUAGAUUUAAUCAAACUGAUAUAUCUUGAUCUGAGUCAUUGUUACAUUCGUAAAAUAUCCAUGGAUGCUUUUUAUGGAUUAGAAAACGUUAAACGUAUAGAUUUAUCUAACAACGAGCUAGAAUCCAUUCCACCUGGUUUGUUUGGGAUACAACAACAGAAGCAGCUUAAAGAGAUUAUCCUUUCAAAAAAUAAACUGACUUCUUUACCCUUGGAAUUCUUUAAAAUGUUACGUAUACCAUAUGGACAAUCGCAAUUAGCGACUGUAAGACUAGAUGGUAAUCCAUGGGAUUGUAGUUGUUCCAUGGUUACAUGGAAUCCUCAAUUGGUAAACAGAUUACGAGAAACAGCACCAAGAUGUUUAACACCAAAAAGGUUGAAGAAUUGGGGAGUUUUUCAUGCUCUACGUAAGGGUGGUUUGCAAUGCAGAAAAUUAAACAGAAGACAUUUUAGAAAGUCUUCAGUAGAGAAAGCUAAUUAUGAAGAUAAUAUCAUCAAUAUAUUAACAAUGUCAGAAAAAAUCCCAUCUAAUCAGCCUCAGCCUAUUGUUAAGAUAGGUCAUUAUACACUUGGUCAAACAUUAGGUGUUGGAACAUUUGGUAAAGUAAAAAUUGGAGAACAUGUUUUAACAAAACACAAGGUUGCUGUCAAAAUUUUGAAUCGACAAAAAAUUAAAAGCUUAGAUGUAGUCGGAAAAAUUCGAAGAGAAAUACAAAAUCUUAAGCUUUUUAGGCAUCCUCAUAUUAUUAAACUAUAUCAAGUUAUAAGUACACCUACAGAUAUAUUUAUGAUAAUGGAAUAUGUAUCAGGUGGAGAAUUGUUUGAUUAUAUUGUGAAACAUGGAAAACUUAAAGAAUAUGAGGCACGAAGAUUUUUUCAGCAAAUUAUUUCAGGGGUUGAUUAUUGUCAUAGGCAUAUGAUAGUCCAUCGUGACUUAAAGCCAGAAAAUCUUUUGUUAGAUCACAAUCUACAUGUAAAAAUAGCAGAUUUUGGGUUAUCAAACAUGAUGAUGGAUGGAGAAUUCUUACGUACAUCUUGUGGUUCUCCUAACUACGCAGCACCUGAAGUUAUUUCAGGCAAACUGUAUGCUGGACCUGAAGUUGAUAUAUGGUCUUGUGGAAUAAUACUGUAUGCUCUAUUAUGUGGUACAUUACCCUUUGAUGAUGAACAUGUACCAACACUCUUUCGUAAAAUUAAAUCGGGAGUUUUUCCUAUACCGGAGUAUUUGAAUAAAAGUGUUGUAAGCCUUCUGUGUCACAUGUUACAAGUGGAUCCUAUGAAAAGAGCAACCAUUGAGGAUAUCAAGAAACAUGAAUGGUUUCAAAAGGAUUUGCCUUCAUAUUUAUUCCCGUCACCCGUUGAACAAGAUUCUUCUGUAAUUGAUAUUGACGCGGUAAAUGAAGUUUGUGAGAAAUUCAAUGUUAAAGAAGCUGAAGUUCAUUCUGCUUUAUUGGGUGGAGAUCCACAUGAUCAAUUGGCAAUUGCCUAUCAUUUAAUAAUAGAUAAUAAACGAAUCGCAGAUGAAGCUGCUAAAGCCGAAUUAAAAGAUUUUUAUGUAGCUUCUAGCCCACCUCCUGUUGCCUUUAGCCCCAAUGAGGCAAAUAGUAGCCCUUUGAGACCACAUCCAGAAAGAAUAGCACCAUUUCGGGAAAGACAAAGCUCUCAGGGGAGUACGUCAUCUCAGACACAAGGUUCUCGCGGUACUCCAGUAAAACGAGCCAAAUGGCAUUUAGGAAUCCGCUCACAAUCUAAACCUAAUGACAUCAUGAAUGAAGUUUAUCGCGCUAUGAAAGCUCUUAACUUUGAAUGGAAGAUCAUAAAUGCCUACAGUGUCAGAGUACGUCAGAAAAAUAAGAUAACUGAUAGAUACAGCAAGAUGUCUUUGCAACUUUAUCAAGUCGAUUAUAAAAGCUAUUUACUUGAUUUUAAAUCUUUAUCAAAUGAAGAAGAAGAUAUUGGACGUGAUCCUACACUUCCACCACCUCAAGCAACAGGUCAUCAUACAAUGGAAUUUUUUGAAAUGUGUGCAGCAUUAAUUACGCAAUUAGCUCGAUAGAUUUGCUGCAUAAUAUGAGUCAUCAUUUUUCAGAAUUAUGUUAAUUUCGCGUUUUAGUUCCUGUUGCGCUCUGCGCAGCGUGUACCAUGCAAUUUAUAUGAUAAAGGGCUCGUUUGGAAAAGACGAAUUAAUAUCAGUUUCACAAAGAAGUACGAAAACAAAAGAAAAUAAUAAACUUGUAGAAAGUAAAGUAAUAUUUUUUAAAA